GUCAAAACGGAAAUGUCUGAGUCGUCAUCUCCUGGCUGUGUUAGCAAUAGCUGCUAGCCUUAGCCGCUAGCGAUGUUUUACGACUGCUCUUGCAGCUGGUGAAGAAGUCAUGAUGUCCGGAACAGGGGGAGGGAAGCGAGCCUCCGGCGGGGACAGUCCACCUGGUCCACCUGAGAAGAAAAGCAAAAAGGAGGAGAAGACCACCACAACACUUAUCGAACCCAUUCGCAUAGGGGGAGUAUCGUCAACGGAGGAGAUGGACAUGAAGGUGAUCCAGUUUAAGAACAAGAAGCUCACGGAGCGCCUGGAGCAAAGGCAGACCAUGGAGGACGAGCUGAGGGAGAAGAUCGAGAAGCUGGAGAAGAGACAGGCCACUGACGACACCACACUGCUCAUCGUCAACCGCUACUGGUCUGAGUUGGAAGAGAACGUUCACAUCUUGCGCCAGCGUCUUGAAUCGGAGCCCCCUUCUCCCGCCCCGCCACCCGCCCCCGCCACUCCCUCCGCUCCCAUGCCUCCACCCACCCCUAUGGAAGAGGACGAUCUGAUCCCUCCACCCCCCAUCCCAGAUCUGCCUCCACCCCCACUCCCUGAGCCGGAGAACGAGGAGGAGCAGCUCCUCCAGCAGCCCCAGCCCCCGCCCCCUGACGGGGUUGAGGAAACUCCCACAGAGCCACCCCAGGACUCAGCAAAAGAAGCCCCGCCUCCCCCUCCGCCCCUCAGCGACAGUGCCAAGGCCUUCCUGGCCGUGUUGGACCACAGCGGCGAGGAGGAGCUCAGCCUGCAGCUCCAGGACCGGAUGCAGUUCAGCAAGGACGCCGUGGCCUGCAUGGUGUGCACAUUCGACAGGCUCCACAGCCGCAUAGACCUCCUGUGUUCCCAGGUCCAGUCUGCAGUGUCUGAGAAUGAUAGCCAGUCAGAGAUCAUCAGUGUGACCUGUACACUGCUGGAAGAAAAUGGCAAACUGCAGGACAAGGCGUCCUCUCUGCAGGGCAGGAACCACAAGAUGUCCAUGGAGUACAACGAGCUGGUGGACAAAGUGACCAGCUCUGAAACCAAGGUGUCUGAGAUGGAGACCGCCGUGGAGGACCUGCAGUGGGACAUCGAGAAGCUCCGCAAGAGGGAACAGAAGCUCAACAAGCACCUGGCCGAGGCCCUGGAGCAGUUGAACUCUGGGUACUAUGCCACGGGCAGCUCUGGAGGACUUCCUGGAGGUCAGAUCACCCUGAACAUACAGAAGUUUGAGAGCCUGAAUGCAGAGCUGGAGCAGAACCAGGAGCUGGCUAACAGCCGCAUGGCCGACCUGGAGAAGCUACAGAUGGAACUGCAGGAGGCGGUGAGGGAGAGUGAGAAACUGAAGAUCGACCUGCGGAACAUUCCGGAGGAGGUGGUGAAGGAGACUCCGGAGUACAAGUGCCUCCAGUCCCAGUUCUCUCUGCUGUACAACGAGUCUCUGGGGGUGAAGACUCAGCUGGAUGAGGCCCGGGCUCUUCUCCUCACCGCCAAGAACGCCCACCUCCGCCAGAUAGAGCACAUGGAGAGCGACGAGCUGUCGCUGCAGAAGAAGCUGCGCACGGAGGUGAUCCAGCUGGAGGACACCCUGGCCCAGGUCCGGAAGGAGUACGAGAUGCUGCGCAUCGAGUUUGAGCAGAACCUGGCGGCCAACGAGCAAGCAGGUCCCAUCAACAGAGAGAUGAGACACCUCAUCAGCAGUCUGCAGAAUCACAACCACCAGCUGAAGGGAGACGUGCAGAGAUACAAGCGGAAGCUGAGGGAGACGCAGAUGGAGAUCAACAAGCUGCGGUGCCAGAGUGGAGAGACUGGAGUUCUGCUUCUGGAGGAGACGUCUAACGAAGGAGGCCUGGACGUGAAGAAGGAGGAGGACGAUGACCAGGAGGAGGAGGAGGAGAGGAGGAAGGAGCUGGACAGGCAGCGGGCCAGGGAGAGAGAGCGGGAGGCCGAACGAGAGCGAGAGAGGGAGCGAGAGAGGGAGAGACAGCGCAGUGAAGAGCUGAAGAGGAAAGACUCUGACACACUGAAGAUGCUGAGGGCCGAACUCAAGAAGGCCCAGGAGUCCCAGAAGGAGAUGAAGCUGCUCCUGGACAUGUACAAGUCUGCCCCCAAGGAGCAGAGGGACAAAGUGCAGCUCAUGGCCGCCGAGCGCAAGUCUAAAGCCGAGGUGGACGAGCUGAGGGUGCGGGUCAGGGAGCUGGAGGAGAGAGAGAGGAAGGAGAGCAAGAAGCUGGCUGACGAAGACGCGCUGCGUAAGAUCCGUGUGGCAGAGGAGACCAUAGACCACUUGCAGAAGAAGCUGACUGCCACCAAACAGGAGGAGGAGGCGCUGCUGAGUGAGAUGGACGUGACGGGCCAGGCCUUCGAGGACAUGCAGGAGCAGAACAGCCGCCUGAUGCAGCAGCUGCGGGAGAAGGACGACGCCAACUUCAAGCUGAUGAGUGAGAGGAUCAAGUCCAACCAGAUCUACAAGUUGCUGAGGGAGGAAAAGGAGGAGCUGGCCGACCAGGUGCUGACCUUCAAGACCCAGGUUGAUGCCCAGCUGUUGGUGGUCCAGAAGCUGGAGGAGAAGGAGGGCAUCCUCCAGAGCUCUCUGGCUUCUCUGGAGAAGGAGCUGGCCCUCCGAACCCAAGCUCUCGAACUGAACAAGAGAAAGGCGGUUGAAGCAGCCCAGCUAGCAGAGGACCUGAAGGUGCAACUGGAGCACACACAGGCCAAGCUGAAAGAGAUCCAGGUGUCUGUUGCAGAGAACCGCACGGCCCGCGAGAGGGAGAGCGGCAACCUCAAGAGAGCUCAGGAGGAUCUGUCCAGGCUGAGACGGAAGCUGGAGAAACAGAAGAAGGUGGAGGUGUACACGGACGCUGACGAGAUCCUGCAGGAAGAGAUCAACCAGUACAAGGCCAAGCUCCGGUGCCCGUGCUGCAACACGCGAGACAAGGAGACCGUCCUCACCAAGUGCUUCCACGUGUUCUGCUACGAGUGCCUGAAGACGCGCUACGACACCCGGCAGAGGAAGUGCCCCAAGUGCAACACGGCCUUCGGCGCCAACGACUUCCACCGCAUCUACAUCACCUAACCUUGUCCUGGUGCCCCUCCCCGAGGACAAGCGGGAAGGGGACUGAACCAAAAGGAGGGGAAGCAAAACUGAAACAAACUAAAGGGGGGUGGAUAAAGAGGAUGUGGUCGUAGGGGAUGGGUGACAGAUCUCGGAAAGCUUUGGUUUUCUGGUUUUAUUCUCUCAAUUUGGGUCGGGGGGGGGGGGGGGGGGGGGGGGUUUACUUGUUUUACCGCAUCAUUGACAGUUGGUGCUAGUGACCAAACAGACGAGCCGUGUUGUGACUGAGUGAGACUGAUGUGCCGUAGUAAUAAACAGAAACGCUUGGUCUUUCGCAAAUAUUUGUAUAUUUAGAUGUCCUGUUCUAGUUUCCGGUGCGUGUCUGUUUCAGAUCUUGCUAAUGUUUCAUUCUUAACUUUUAACUGAGCCUGUUGAAAAAAGAGAAAAGUCAUUUUUAAUCUUGGUUUUCUGUUAUCAAAUUAUUGACAUAAUUAGCUAUUGGACAUAAAGCCUUUAGGAGUUCAAAGCUGAAGUGCAUACAUAAAUCAAACAUCAUCUUGUAGAAAUGACAUUUUUUCUGCCCUACUGAGACAAAAAUAUAGCAUGGAACAUGCUUUACAGGUACUUUUCCCUGAGUAUUGCUUAAAACCAGUGCCUGUGACUCGCUGAGGCAAUGCUGUUGAUUUGGUUUGGGCCCAGUCCAACAUGUACUCCCAGGCAUGUUAAGGAUCACCUUGGACUAGAUCCUUGGUUUUGGGACAAUGUGACUUACCCAUGCUGGAGAGCUCCAUAACAUCUGCAGGCUUUAGUGCCUCAUUACUGAUGACAUCAUCCCAGUGGAGGGACAGUUUAUAUGAAUGUUCGCACUGGGCUUAACCAGCUUUUCCAAGACUGCUCUGUUAAAGGUUACUUGAGCAUUUUUUUUAAGUAUAAAACCAUCUGUCCUGACAAAGCUCUGACACAAUUUGAACCAAGAAAUUUUUUUUUCUCAGUUUUGAUGGUGGACAUAAUGUGGACUUGGUAAACUUGUGUAAAUAGUUGGUAGUGGGGGGUAAAGCAUUUAAUAUCAGUAACGUUGGACAUUGAACCAAUUACGUGUAUUAUGGAUUUCUGCAAACUGAGUAGUUACUCCACAAGAGUUUGAUGUUAAUAUUGAAGUUUUGUGUCUGCAUGGGAAAUCGAAUCGGUAAACAUGCCUGUUGCACACUAAAAUGUUUCAAGCAGAUAGCAAGCAAAUUGUGAGUAGUGCCUUUCACACAAAGCUACGCUUGAAGAUGCAGUAACCUGUUAAGUGUCUUGUGCAUUAGACUUGUGGAUAUAACAUUUAAAGAUUAGACUAGAGAGAACUAGACUGGCCCGCGGGGGAUGACGGAACACGUUGCCAAGUCGACAAAAUAUUUAAAUAUCACGUGAAAGGAAGAAAGAAAUCCCAAAUGAAACCCAUGCGUUACUCAGAGAUAAUGAGGCAAGUUUCCUUGGAAGUUUGUCUUCGAAUUACAUUUACUUGAAUGCACACGUUACAUCUUUAAGAAGAUAACAGCUUUAAAGAAGGUUAGCCAACGCUAACCCUAUAGCUGUUUCAAAUACUGUUUUUGUCCUCUCUUGACGACGGCCCCAGCUCUUUGCCAGAUACUUGUGUUUCUUGGCAAUGGUAAGUGAAUGACGUAGGACAGGCGUGGUAAUAACAAUGAGAACACUAUUAAUUCCAGACUAUACAGGCUUUGCCCUCCAAGUUAAAGUAAAAGAAAGAGCGUGAUGGGUGGGGUCCUCACAUUUAUCCCUUAUGGAUUAAAACACGUAUUUAGCAGUGUCUAUUCAACAUUUUAGUUUUUCCUUAGAAAAAACGUAAGUUGACCAAACAGUGAAGUUUCCCGCGAGUCUCGACGGCUCCUUUGCACACAGCCGAGUACAGUACACAUAGGAAAUGACUCAUAGGAGUUGAACUGUUAGCGUGGGUGUGUGCACUAUUAAAACAAGGCGCAGACUACUCGGAGUGAGUCAUUCUGAUGCUAGCUUUUCCAUGGUAAAAACCAGCACGGAUUGAUCAGAUGAACUUUCGGGAAUUGCGUGAAUAGUUGACGAGUACAAUGGAUUCUAAUAUUCUCUGUGCGCUUUAUGGAUUUAUAAUUACAGUUGGAUCUAAUCUAUAUGGUGUCAAUGGACAAAACAAAUGCAGAAGUAAUGAGAUCUGGAGUUCAGACUUGGAUGGAUGUGUGUCUUGCUCAUCAUGCAAGCGGUAUCCCAAAACUCCUUCAUGUGACACCUGUGUGUUCCCAGAUGAGAGCCCAGACGGCUGGCGGCUGGCAGCCAUCACUAGUUUCUCCGUGCUGGCUGUUGUACUGAUCAGUGCCGGGCUCAUUAUCGGCGUCAUGCUGCAUCGGAGGAAGUCACGACCUCUUCGUGAACCCAUCGAGGAGACCACAGGCCCAUAAGUCCUUUCGAAGUGUCAUCUUCCUUCAAACAUGGCUGUAACAGACGAACCGAGAGAUCCCCUCUUGCCUUCAUGUAAAGGACUGUAACCUGGACACAGUGAUGUUUUCGAGUAGAGCUGAUCAUUCUAAUUUAUUCUAGGGUUAGUCAAGAUGGGUUUGAUCACAGUACCUACAAUGCUGUUGUGACUAGCGCAUCUCCCAAGCUGUCAAUAUCCUGUCCUGUUCAGAACCAACAGGGCAGAGCACUGAGUAACAACAAUGUGAUUCACUGUGCAGGGUCGCUCACCCACCUCUUUGCUCUAGUUUUCCUGUAGUAAGGGCAUUGUUUUUUGGCAGUUUCAUAUGUAGUAAAGACACAUAUCUGAUAUCUUUGAUCACCGAUGACACGUCUCACCACCAGCAGGAUGUAAAAGUGAAUCCUUGACCAUGGCUAACUUCAGUUAUGGUAUAGUUAAGACUAAAAGGUUUACAUUUGCAGGUCAUUAACGAAACCCUCUUAAGUCAUUUAAUCGUUCUGAUUACAAUGCACGUGGAGCACAUCAAGGCCAUCUGAAUGUACUUUAAGGAGGAUUCUAUACUUCCAGCGCUUCCAUUCCAAUAUGAACGCAUCAAUUUAAUUUUUGUUUUUGAAGAGUGUGACACACUCAUGCACUGUUCUAUACUCUUCAAAUCUCUCCUCCACAGUAAGUGUAUUGAAUAUCGUAAUGUAGGGAUAGUUUUAUGUAGAUGGCAAUGUGCUGUAGCACUGUGCAUAUACUAUGCAGAAUUCGGUAGCAUGACACAGGGGGUCCUGAAGGAUUGUGGAACAGGAUUAAGGUGGCAUAGUAUUCUUGGGACCUGAAUCAUACUCUUCUUGAAAGCAUUUAAACCCAGUCUCUAAAUUGACACCAGCAGGACAUUCUUACUGUUUUGACAAUGGUGCUUGUGUGACAGGAUGUUUGUAACACUAUAAUUCUAACAUUAUCCCACUCUGUUUGAAUGUGUACUUAUAGUGAAUACUGUAAGGGCAAUGUACACAAAAUAGUAUCCAAACUUUCUGAACAAAGACUUGUUCGAUUGUUCACUUAGGAUACAUUUGUGGGAUGAGCAUUUUAAAAUCUGAAUAUUGAGAUAUUUCAUAUUGACAAUAUCCUUUUAAAACAUAUCAUACAUAGAGUACUUUGCUGUGUAGGACAAGUUAGUCCAAAGCAGUAACAAGCUACCACUUUUAAAGAUGUUUUUAUAUAUAUAUAUAGUAUAAAGUAAAUCUAUUUUUUAUUUAUUUUAAUAUCUUUUAUAAUAUUCAGUCCAAUGUCACAAUAUAAAUUGGUAAAAAUAAAUAAUGUAUAGCAUAUGCUGUACAUUAAUCUACUUCAAUCCCUGUGAAGGUGGUUAACAAACUUCCAGUACCAGCUGACAAUUUACUGGGCAGUAACAAUAGUAUAUUUUUCUCACCUUUAGGUCAAUCUUUCAAGUGAACUGUUUAUAGUUAACAUAUUUUUCAGAAUAAACAAAUUACAAUAAA